ACAGCAAUACUCAUCAUACUUCCUUUAACAUGUAUCAGAACAAAAAUAUGCUUUUAGGAGGCAGAAGACAGUGACAGAAAGGAGACAAGAGAUAAGGGAAGAAAAAACAAUACUACUCGCGCAGUUAUAAAACAGAUGGUUUGAGAGAAUUUUUUUAUUGUUUUGAUUUAGCGGGAAAUAAGCUCGCACCUCUUCGUGUAUCAAAGAUCGAUCGCGCGCUGUAAUCCCGCGGCUAAACAUGAACUAAUAGCAGUACGUGGACCCAGUGCGCCGUAUAAUGCCUGGCUUUGGAGAGCUAUUCAAAUCACUUAAACAGUAUAGACGCUAGAGCCAAAGACCGUCGUCGUCCCGUGUAUUUAUUUAACUACUUAAGAACCGUGAAUCUUGCGACCGUUUUGGUUCUAGUGUAUUAAGUUUUCGGAAGAAAAUUGGAUCUAAAUGUAUCGGCUGCAAAUGGCUGAUGGAUUUCUCACAUAAAAGGAUUCUUCCAGUUGAUGUUCACUCUGGAUGUUAGCUGUGCGUCGUCGGUUGAGAUAUAGAGGAUUCAUUUAGUGAAGUUGGCGACAAAGGAAAUUCAGAACAACUGAACAUGGAGGAGAAACAAAGCAUGCCGGUGGUGAAAAAUGAGUUACUUCCCUUGUCGGACCUUUCUAGAAGAAGGUCCCUUUCCGAUGCUUCUCAGUAUAAACAGGCGAGACGAAACUCAAAACCAGUCAUUCCAGACAUCAAAAUAACAAACGAUGAUUCGUCCGAAAUGAGUUUAGACGAAAUUGAGGAUGAAUUUGAUUUUGACUUGACCCUACCCAUGAGACCAAGGGCGAACACCUGCCCCAACGACCUAUUCCAACGACCAAAAUCAAACAGGCCCCCCACCCCACCCCCCAUCGAGGGCAAGAAACUGACAUGGAGAGAACUGUCUCAUAGCCCAAGGCAUGAUAAAGUGACCUUUGCAAAACACAAACUUACAAAAGUAUCUGAAGACACAGAGGAUAAACCUAAACCGGAAAUCGUUUUAACUAUAACUGAAAUGAGCUCUUGUGCAUCAGAAGGUGCAAAAUCUAACGGCUCCAUUACCCCCCCUGUGUCGAGGACCAUUGGAUUAUCAGAGUUUGGAUAAGGAAGUUUUUCUCGGAAUUCUAUAUGAUCAAAAUCAUACGGAACAAUUGGACGAUAUUUCGCAAUUUAUGGAUGGAGCUUUAUCGCUCCGAUUAAUAAUUUCCGCCUUAAUAGGAUAUUAAAACUUCACUCUUGAUGGAUUUAUGUAUAUGUUAAAACCCAGUGACAUUCAGACAUUAUGAUGGUGCAGCGAGGUAUGAAUAUUGAAUAUUACCAAGUAUUUUUGUUGAAUUCCUUGAGCGUUUAUCAAAUAUCUCUCUAUUUUCAAAGAGUAAUAAAAUGAAUAACGAUU